AUGGAAAAAUCUGCAAAUAGCAAAAAGCGUCCAGUGGAAGAUCUUGAAAUUCUUGAUGAUGUACAUGAUGACGAAGUAGAUGAAGGGGACAUACGGAAUCGUCGAUCAAUUGUUUGGAAUGAGAUGAAGAGGAUUGAAUCAGAUGAUAAAAGCGAAACAAAAGCAAAAUGCAAUCACUGUAAGCAAGUUUUUACUGCAAAAUCUCGAAAUGGAACCUCUCAUUUAAAAAGACAUCUUGAAAAAUGUGUUGCUAAAAAUCAUAGGUCGUUAAAAAACUUCAUGAUAGGGACUGAAACCACUUGUCAAGGACAAUCCAUGUCCUUAAAAAAUCCUAAAAUAGAUCAUGAAGAACUUAGGAAAGCUAUUUGUAUGUAUGUAGUUGCUGGUGCUCAUUCAUUUUCUACUGUGGAAGAGCCCGACUUUAAAAACAUGCUUGCUGUUGCUUGUCCUAGCUAUAAAGUUUUGAGUAGACACACAUUUAGAAGGGAUGCAUUGAAACACUAUGAUGAGGAAAGAAAAAUUGUGGAGUUAGACGUGCAAAAUGCAUCAGGAAGGAUUUGUUUUACUUCGGAUAAUUGGAGAAAUGAUCAUACACAAGAUGAAUACAUUUGUAUAACUGCUCAUUGGAUUGAUAGGAAUUGGAAGUUGCAAAAAAGAAUCAUUAGAUUUGGAGCUUUAACACCUCCAUUUGAUGGUAUUACUAUAGCGGAGGAUGUUUGUCUUUGUUUUUCUAAAUGGAAAAUAGAUGGUAAAGUAGGUUCUUUUACAUUAGAUAAUGCGAACUACAAUAAUACAAUGCCGGUCUUAGACUUAUUGAUGAUGUUGUGGAAAAGAUUAGAUCAAUUGGCAAACAUUUUAGGCAUUCGAUACCUAAGAAAAGAAGUUCUACCAGAUUGCGCAACAAACUUAUCAUUUAGAUGGGCGGCCAUUGAUCAUUUGGUGGAAAAGGAUAUUGAAAUAAAAAUGUAUUUACUUGAUGAUGAUGAAUGGCACAAAGUGUUGGUGAUUCGUGACUUUUUAAAGGUUUUUUACAAUAUCACUAAUGAAUUCUCUGCCUCUACAACACCAACUUCAAAUGUUUAUUUCAAGGGGGUUUGGGAUAUUCAAUGCAUGCUACUUGAAACUGCAAAUGGUCCUCAUUCAUUCUUGAUUAAUAUGGUAAAAGAAAUGCAAAAGAAAUUUGACAAGUACUGGUCGGAUUAUAAUAUGUUAUUGUCUUGUGCUUGUGUUUUGGACCCUCGUUAUAAGCUUAAAUUUGUUGAGUAUUGUUACACCGUUCUUUAUGGAGAAAUGAUAGCUAAGGAGAAAGUGGCGGAAGUGAGAGCCAUUUUGUGUGACUUGCUAAAGGAGUAUAGGGAUGUGGAUGGUGAGGAUAUUGGUCAAAGUGGGUAA